AUGGUCCUCGGCUGGCUGCUGCUUCUGGUGAUGGCUCUGCCCCCGGGCACGACGGGCGCCAAGGACUGUGUCUUCUGUGAGAUCACCGACUCCUCGAGCUGCCCCGGCACCCACAUGCACUGCGGGGACGACGAGGACUGCUACACGGGCCACGGGGUGGCCCCGGGCGUCGGCCCCAUCAUCAACAAAGGCUGUGUGCAGACCACUUCUUGCGGCAAGGAGCAGCCCGUCAGCUACAUGGGCGUCACCUACAGCCUCGUCACCAACUGCUGCUACGGUCAGCUGUGUAACGAGGCCCCCAGCCCCACAGGCGGCCGGACGGCGGGGGCCCCCACCAGCCUGGCGCUGGGCACACUGCUGCUGCUCCGACAUUUGCUGUGA